ACAUUUCACAAUUUCCUGUUUAGCUUGCAGCAAAAUGUCAAUUUGCUUUCGAUAGUCUGUUCUAGAAUGAUCUUUUCUUGUCAUUUCAUUAUCUUUACAUCAGUUGCAGUAUAAAAACCAUUUGCUUAUUUAGGUCCUUCCCGUUUAUGAUGACGUUAAAAACGAAGUAGGAAUAUCAGUUGAAUUCAGUCCGUCACACUCGGUCCGGUCACACUUGUGUUUACAGUUCUGCGGUUACUGCAUGUUAUACCUACUGUUCAUCAAGGCGCCUAUUUAUUUCUAUAGCAAUGUCUUCAGACGGAAAUAUAGAUUUUCCUAGUUAUGUUAAAAUGAUACUGACAGAUGAAAUGAAGAGAUGUGACAAAAUUUUGAAGGAUGAGGACUUGUAUCACCUUCUAGAUGAAGACAAUGUUGACUCAAAGCAAAGGGAGACUAUUCUAGGAUAUCCCUCGUUUCCAUUAUACAGGGACUUGGGGACUAUGCUUAAAUUGUGGAUGGAUAAUAGUUUAUCCUUUAGGUCCUGUCCAGUUUUGGAUCUACCCAAAUAUGACCUUUUAGAUGAAAAUACAUAUGUUGAAUCCAGGCUGGCUAGUUUCCAGGCCAUAACACCAUUACUGGAUGGACUGAAGAGUCUAUGGGACAUCUGGGGUGUAGAGGAGAGGAAGUACCGGAUCAGAGACAUCUUGGUGACAUUGGGAAAGAGAGGAUUGAUGGACUUAUUUGGUAUAAGAAAUACCGUUGGAACCCGGGAAAUAUUUCCACCUCCAAGAAAAGUUCUAGAGGAAGCAUUCACAAAGAAACACUCAGCCAGUGCUGAGCUGUCUGUGGGAGCGAGGGCCUUGGCUAAGCACCAUCAUCGGGAUCAGACUGACUCCUGGUGGGGCAACUGCACUGGAAAUGAGAGUGCAAAGAACAAGAAUGCCCUAGAUAAAAUGAAUAAAGUGUUGGACAAUGCUACCUGGAUCAAUAUCCACUGGCUUCCUCAAGACGUCAUCAUUUUGGAAGUUAGACAUGGAGAGGGUUACGGUGCAAGAUGGAAUCCUGAUGGCAAGGAGUUCCGCGGAUUCCUGGAGCCUCAGAUGGUGGAUGGUCACAUUGUUGGUUGGAAACAUUGAUGUCUGAUUAGGACUGUUCAUUAAACAUUAGAGUUUGAAUAGGAUCAGUUGAAGACAGCUUUGUUAUAGUUGUCUCCCAAUUGGGGUAAAAGCAACUCCACAAUGGAGGUCCCCAUCCUUGGGGAAAGACAGCUGUGCUGUGAAGGGUCCCACCCUAGAGUUAAGUCAACCAUCUCCUGGAGAAAGGAAACUCUGUAAUGGAGGCUCACCAAUCAGUGAAGGGCAUUUCUGUUAUGGAAACCUAUCUUACAUGCAAAGGGUAAAAACAAUUCUGUAAUAGAGGGCUUACUGUCGAGGAGAAAGGGGGACCCUCAAUAAUGAAGCUCCUGGAAUUUCUGCCCCAUCCCCAAGCUAGGGCGGGGCCCCAAAGGGAACAUUUACCAAUAUUUUAAAAUUCCUUUGAUGACAUGAC